ACAGAGGGCCCAGGUCAGGGCAAUCAAUGGACACCUCCGAUCUGGGUGCUACCCUGUGGCAGUGAUGAGAGGGCUCUGGUGAGGAUGGUCCACUGUCACCUGACACCGGGUGCCUGUGAGUGACAGAGAUGAGAGGCCUGAGAGGGACAGUAGCUGUGAUCUCAGCUCUAGGAGCCUGAAACGAGGAAGAAGCAUGAGGUCCCGGGUAAGGACGUUCAGCUGUCACCUCCACUCUGGAGCCGCAAGCAUGAGGGACCCCGUGAGGACAGUCACUGGUCACCUCAUCUCUGACAUAGUCCUUAGGGCCUCGCUGAAUUGAGACAAAUGUCACAGCUGUGGGGCCCUAGGAUGGGGAACAGACACAACGGACUAGUGAGGAAAGACACCUGUCACCUAAGCUCUGGGUGGCAACAUUGGCGCUGAGGGCUUUCAACUGGCACUGAAUCUCUGCAGUGGGACACAGCAGGAGGGCCCAGGCGAGGACAGCCAACAGUCCCCUUAGCUCUGGGCGCCUACACUGAGUGAGAGGCGUUGGGCCCAGGUUUCAGCGUUCAACUCACAUUUAACUGUGGGAUGCCUGGACCGGGGCGAGGCUUAGAGGCCCAACCUCAGGUAAAGGCAUGACGGGCAGGCAAGGGCACACAGGUAGCCCUUCAGCGAUGGCAGCCACCCUGGGGCAGAGACGUGAGGCCCAGCAGGGGGCACUCAAAUGCCACUUCACCUCUGUACAGCUCCACACCACAGAGACGUGAGGGCCCAGGUGAGGUGAGUCGACUACAGGCACAAAUCUUGGUAGCUACACUGGAACGGAGUGAGGGACCAUGGAGGCCAUUUAACUGUCACCUCAGCUCUGGACUCCUACACUGUGGCAGAGGUGGCCUCAGGUGAGGGCAUUCAACUGUCACCGGAGAUCUGAUUGCCUAAUCUAGGGUAGAGGCAAGAGGUCCUGCAAUAAGACAGUCGCCCGUCACCUCAGCUCUGGGUGCCUACUCGGGGGUAGAGGCGGGAGGUGCCGGCACGGGGGCAUGAGCAUGCAGGCCCACGUGACCACUGUCAAGUGACAACUCCGUGCUCGGUGUCUACACUGAGAGGGGAACGAGGGAUCAGCUGAGCACGCGGGCUCUGGGUGCCUACACUCAGGCAGGGACACGAGGAGCCAAGGAAACAGUGAACUGGUGCCGCAGCUGUGGGAACUACAUUCUCUGCCAUCUCCCGCUGGGUGCCCGCACUGGGGCAGGGCCAUGAGGGUCUAUGACAAGAGGGUCUCAUGCUCUCCAAGUCCCCAUCGAAAAACAUUCCUGGAGAAACAAAGCUGCCCCUUGAGGCACAGAAGGCUUGGGAUGAGUCCCAGGCCUCUGGCCCUCUCGAGCGUGGUGCCCCUGGGGUUGGUGAAUGUGCCUCUGGGCCCUCAGGGGGGCUCAUUAAACCAGCCUUUCCAAAAUGCCUGCUCUGAGCAAGGUGUAAACACUGUCCUCUAAGAACCAGCCGUCUGGCCACUGCCCUGUGCCUGGCAGGAGCUUCGUCUACUGGGCACCACGACUGCCAGCAUUACAGGGAAGAGCGCUAAGGAGGGCACGGUGCCCAGGGCUUGGUACUCACAGAUAUGUGAGAGUUUGGCAAAUGGUCAGUGCUAUUUCUGGUCCCAAAUUCCAUGACAAAACUCAAAUACCAACCCGUGACAGCAGCACAGGGGCCUGAAACUUAUCACCUUGAUCCUGUUAGGGAGAACGAGGGAGUGUUGUGAAUGCCAGUGGAGAAGCUCCUGGAUGCUAACCAGAGCUCUGUCACUGCCUGGCUCUAUCACCUUUCUCUGUAUUCUGGGUUCUUUCCUUAGGAAGGUUUCCAGAAAGCGGUGACAUUGGGUCAAAGGGCACGGAUGUUUCGGUGGUUCUCACGCCGCCCGGCUGCUGCCGUCCAGAAAGAUGGGUCCAGGCGACAGAUGUGGCCCCAGCUCUCCCAGCGCGGGAGAGCGCACGGUCCACAAACGCUGCACCUGACGGCUGCCCCACCCCAGCGGGAGAAGUGGACAUGAGGUUGGCAGGUCCCCUCCGCAUCAUGGCCCUGGUCAUCUCCGUGGGCCUCACCUGGCUCGUAGCCAGCAUCCUCCUCGGUGGGCCUGGCGGCGGCUUUCCUCGCAUCCAGCAACUCUUCGCCAGCCCAGAGAACUCAGUGACUGCAGAGCCGAGGGCCAGGAAGUACAAAUGCGGCCUGCCUCAGCCGUGUCCCGAGGAGCACCUGGCCUUCCGCGUGGUCAGCGGGGCUGCCAACGUCAUUGGACCCAAGAUCUGCCUGGAGGACAGGAUGCUCAUGAGCAGUGUCAAGGACAACGUGGGCCGGGGACUGAACAUCGCCCUGGUGAACGGGGUAAGCGGAGAGCUCAUCGAGGCCCGCGCCUUCGACAUGUGGGCGGGAGAUGUCAAUGAUCUACUGAAGUUUAUCCGGCCGCUGCAUGAAGGCACCCUGGUGUUUGUGGCUUCCUACGAUGACCCAGCCACCAAGAUGAAUGAAGAGACCAGGAAGCUUUUCAGCGAUCUGGGCAGCAAGAAUGUCAAGGACCUGGCCUUCCGGGACAGCUGGGUGUUUGUAGGGGCCAAGGGUGUGCAGAACAAGAGCCCCUUUGAGCAGCACGUGAAGAACAGUAAGCACACCAAUAAGUACGAAGGCUGGCCCGAGGCGCUGGAGAUGGAAGGCUGCAUCCCCAGGAGGACCACAGCCAGCUAGCGGCCAAGCUCGAGGACCAGACUAAGCGAGGCUGUGUGUACCCAGUCAGGAGGGGGCGCCGGCACAGCGCCGAGGCCCGACCCCACGCCCAGCCAGGGGCACUCCUGCCCCAGCACGGCAGGGCUCCGAGGCAGUGACUGGUGACCAGACCAUGCCCAGUGGUGGGGCUGCGCUGCGGCCCCAUGGCGCUUUGUCCUGGGACCCCAGGUACCCGUCUCCUUUUCCUAAAGCGCUCUGCUGGCCGACACCCACCCAAGUCCCAAGCGCCUGAGGCCCCCAGUCUGGUAGCAGCUGCCUGGCAAGUCGGGGCAUCUUCCGGAGCCUCUCCAUUCCAGAGUGGCUCGCUGCUCUGCAGGCCAGUCCUGUUUCCAGUGUGAUUCGUUCUGCUGAGCCGAACGCGGUGGCCACUCCCGGCGCCUGGCUGCCUCCUGCCUUGCUCUCGCGGGAAGGGGUGCCCGCCUGGGAGCCAGGCCGGCCGGGCAGUGAGGUCGCCGGCCCGAUGGCGGUUCCCAGCGUGGCGGGUGGCAGCUCCUGCGGUUUGUCUGUCAGAGGGCCCGCUUUCUAAAUGACGUCUUAAUAAACUGGUGGCCCCCGAAGGAAUGAGAUGCAUUCAGAGGGGAGUCGGGUGGUGUUGUCCUUGAGAUGUGAUUCAGGUGGUGAGCAGAGGGGCUCCCCUGUGGGCAUCCCUGUAGCCUUGCCCUUAGACACGGCACAGGCCUAUAGGGACAGGGAUGGGGAUUAAAACCAACCCAGGAGCUUCCCCCCUCCCCGCAGCCUCCCGCGAGAGCUAGUGUGUCUCCCCCGCAGUGCUCAGCGUUAGAUGCCUUUGAAAUCAGGCCAGCAAGAGGCCGAGUCACGUGGGCUAUUUGGCAUUUCUCACAGAUUGCAGUUAUAUUUCCCUGCAAGGGGUGAGAACCAGCAAGAAACUAUAAGGAGUUUUCUGGAAAAGUACAUGAGGGUGCAGAAAUGGUCUGGGGUCACAAAAAGGAGAGAAGGCGGUUGGGACUUCCCAGAUGGAGGAAUCGGGGCGCCAGCCAGGUAGGCUGAAGGGGGCCGUGGCCGGGGCAGUGGACCUGCGAGUCCCCCCUCUAGGGGUUAGGUGCUGCGAGAGAGUGAACACGGCAUCAGGAAAUGAAAGUAUUUAAGGAGGUGGCAGAAGAGGAGAGAGAGGCGAGGGACGGCCCAGGACGAGAAGCUGUGCUUGUGAGGCCAUAGCCACGACUGCAAAGGACCAGGAAGUGGAGACGUGAGGACGGCCCAGGUCGCUUACCUGGAAGAUGGUGUUCACGGAAGCUGAAACGCAGCCUGACCCUGUGCCGAGAGCUUUAUGUGUCUUCAUUUUUAAAUAGACUUCCUGUUUUAGAGCAGUUUUAGGUUCCCAGCAAAGUUGAGCAGAAAGUCCAGAGUUCCCACAUACCCAGCCUCCACUGACACGUCAUCACCACCCAAAGCCCAGGGUGGACAUCAGGGUUCCCUCUUGGUGUCAUACAGUCUGUGCGUUUGACAGUGUUUUUAAUGACGAGUACUUACCACUAGAGUAUCAUACAUGUAUUCAUUUUUAAACCUUCUAUUACGGACAUUUUGAACAUCCUCCAAAGUAGAGACACUAGUCUGAUGAAUCUACAUGUACCCAGUGGGGCUGCCACAGUGAUCAUCGUGUGGCCAGUGUUUCAUCUGCACACCCUAGCGAGCAAUGCUGCUGGUUGCUGGUGAGCCCCAUUUACGGAAGAUAAAUGGUCCCUGGUGUGCUCAGGAAAGUUUCCCUGGAGCUGGGAGGUUAGAAGCCAGAUGAAUAGGGCCCCACAAGGUUAGUCGCUUGCCCCAAAUGAAACGCAUCUCAGCGAAGGGCCGCACCGCAAGGCUGGGAGGUGCCUCUGUAUUAUACAACUGCUGAGCCAGCUGACCUGCCCCAGACCUUCACUGCGUGCGCCAGAGCCACACAGAUGGAAACGGCAGGCCAGCUUUAUCCCCCACGUGGCCCAACACAGGUAGGAUGCUGACAGUGGUGUGCAAUGCAGCCCGCCCGACCUUCCAAAGCGGAGGUACAUCUUUACAUCCUGCGGUCCUCUUCCGCCAGGGUUUUGUCCCCCAGGCCUACCCUCAGGAGUUAAGACAUCGUCAGUUACAAAUGACAGGGUCCCAACCCAACUGGCAUAUAGAAAAAUAAAUACAUAAUGACGGGGGGGGGGGCUUAAUGUUCCUGUAACAGACCCCAACGCCCAUGGGUGAUUCCAGCUCCAGUAACGUCCUUAGGAUACAGGCUCUCCAUCUCUCGGCUCCGCUUUUCUUUGUGUUUGCAUCCUUUUCAAACAUGCUGUCUUCCCCAGGCAGGGGGAGUGACAGUAGAUGUCCCAGGUUAGCAACCCCAGCAAGAAAAGAGCUCCCACCUUCCCAGUCGUUCCAGCCCAAGUCCCCAGGCACUACCUCUCAUAGGUCCAGAUUGGAUUAUGGGUUUAUCCUUGUCUCAAUCUGUGUGGCUCUGAUUGGCUACCUCUGGGCCUGUGCCCACCCUAGAGGCCAGUGUUGGGGUCAUCCUCAUGCAAACCUUGUGUACCGAGAAUGGAGGAGGGAUGGCCCCCCCAAAGAAAACUCGGGGGCCGUGACCUGUUGCUGGGCAUGCAAAAACACCAGUUGUCACUACAUUUCCCGGUAAAUACCAAAUGCAUCCCAUACUUGUGCUUGUAUAGAGUACGCCUUCCAUGCGUGCUGAUUUAUCACACGGUCUACUUGGAGACCCCUGCCUGGAGAGCAGGAGGUAGGCACACUUUUCAGGGUCAUCACUGUGGCCCUGUUAGCAGGACUGUGGCAGGUCUCCCAUCUGAAGUGCACGGAUGUUGUUUCAGCUGUCACUAUCGUUUGUGCCAUCUAUUCUGGCGGUCCAACUGACUUCUCUUUUGGAACUAGAUAUCCUUGACUGAUUCGUAGAGACCUUCCUUCUCCUCUGGGGUAAAUUAUUAAUCCCCUAAACUAACUACAAACAUUCUCUUGUCUUUA